GCCCUCCUCCGCCGGCUGGGGGGAUCCCAAGUGGCUUCCUUUUGGCUACGGGAGGGUUGGGAUUUUACAGCGUGGGGCUGUGUCUCUGCCCGCCGUCGUCGGCAUAGGCAUAGCCGGGUCCUCAGAAGUCUUUCUUGCAGUCCUGUUUUUGUGGCGGUUUCUCUGGGUGUAAGGGGUGAUGAAGAAUAGAUGACCUGGAGGUCAUGCGCCCAAGCCUCUUUCUAGUCUUAAAGUUUAAAAUUUUGAAGUUAUAACGUAAAAAAAAAAAAAAAGGCAAUUUUUACACUGUUUUUUCUGCUGGUUUUGACUUGUAAAGAGUGAUUGCUUUCUCUCAGGUUGGGAAAACUUGACCUGGGGGGUUUCUAUUCAUUUUCUGAAGCCCUGAACUCUUCUCUGCAUGUGCUGUGUUCUGGACUUGCUCACAUUCCAGGGAUCAGCUUUUCCUGUCAAUUAUGCAAGCAGAAUUAUGCAAAAGCAGCGUUUUCUUCCACAUUCCGACUUGAUGGGAAUACGGCUGGCUGGAUCCCAUGUUGAUACACAGGAGCCUAAAACUAAUCCUUUGGUAUCUAUUUCAGAUGAGCCAGAAACACUGUACAAGAGAUUGUCCCUUUUAGUUAAAGGCCAUGAUAAAGCUGUGUUGGAGAGCUAUGAAUAUUUUGCAGUGCUUGCAGCUAAAGAACUUGGCAUCUCUGUUGAAAAAGUACAUAAACCUCCAAAGAAGAUAGAACGGUUGACGCUUUUAAAAUCUGUACACAUUUACAAGAAGCACAGAGUUCAGUACGAAAUGAGAACACAUUACAUGUGUUUGGAGUUAAAAUACCUAACAAGCAGUACUGCUGCAGUUUACUUGGAGUAUGUUCAACGAAAUUUACCUGAAGGGGUUGCCAUGGAAGUAAAAAAGACUAAGAUAGAGAAAAUACCUGAACACAUUCAGGAACCAGUUUGGGAUACACUGCCUCAAGUAGAAGAAACUGAAGUCAAAUCAUGAACUCACCAGAUAGCUUUGUUGGGUUCCAGCCUGCUGGUCUACUCCCACUGAGUACUAGAAGAACUGAAAAUACUCAAGAACACAGACAGACCAACGAGCAAGUAUUUGAUAAAAUUUUCCUUUAUUUAAAGGCUAAGGUACACAACCCAAAUUAUUUGCAUUAAGAGAAAGAAAAUUGUGCUUUUCUGAGUACAAUUCCUCACUGUUAGGAGGCCGCUUUGUGGCCAUCCUCAAGCUUGUGUGACUAGGUGUCCAGCAUUAUCUGCCAGUAUGAAAAAAUACUUUCCCAAGGGUCAUAGAAAACAGAUGCCAAUGUAAAGCUGUUACAGAAACCCACAGAGGGGUAACAAAUACUAAGAAAAGUAUCAUGAAAGCAGUUGCCAGAUACAACAGAGGACUUCUAUCAGUGGUUAGACUGUUGCAAUCUAAAUAGGACCUGUGCUAAAUAUUGGCACUGAAGAUAGACAAGUUUUCAAGUCCGUUCAAUCUUUAAAAUUCUUGGUGACUGCCAGUAAGCUGGAGGUGGAUUUCCUUCCACAAAUACUUUGUGACUAAAAACUGUCAGCCUACUUUAGGUGUCAAAAAAUACACAGACCAAUAUAUUAUGUAAAUAAUAUAUAACAGCUGUUUAAAAUCUUCAGGUUUGCAGAAUAAUCUG